AUGGGGACAUGUAGAGAAGCAGAGUAUAGUCAAAUCUUCGUUCCUGGUCCGAUCAUCGUUGGUGCCGGUCCGUCCGGUUUAUCCGUAGCGGCUUGUUUGUCAAACCGGGGCGUACCAUCGGUAAUCCUUGAGAGAACCGAUUGUUUGGCUUCUCUAUGGCAAAAACGAACCUACGACCGUCUCAAACUCCAUCUCCCUAAACACUUUUGCGAGCUUCCUCUUAUGCCUUUCCCUACAAACUUCCCAAAAUACCCCUCCAAGCAACAGUUCAUCUCCUACGUUGAGUCUUACGCAGCCCGGUUUAAUAUCAAACCGAUAUUCAACCAAACCGUCGAGAAAGCCGAGUUCGAUGUCAAGUCUGGUCUGUGGAAUGUGAAGACGCAAGACGGUGUGUACACGUCCACGUGGCUGGUGGUGGCCACAGGGGAAAACGCUGAACCGGUAGUUCCGGAUAUAUCCGGUUUGCAGAAGUUUAAUGGACCGGUUGUUCAUACCAGUGCGUACAAGUCCGGUUCGGAGUUUGCAAACCGGAAGGUUUUGGUGGUGGGUUGUGGUAAUUCCGGUAUGGAGGUCUGUUUGGAUCUAUGUAGAUACAAUGCUCUGCCUCAUAUGGUCGUUAGAAACUCCGUACAUGUGUUACCAAGAGAGUUUUUUGGUCUAUCGAUUUUUGGAAUAGCAAUGACACUACUCAAAUGGUUCCCUCUAAAGCUGGUGGACAGUUUUCUCCUACUUCUUGCUAAUUUAACGUUGGGCAAUACCGACCGGUUAGGCCUCCGAAGACCUAAAACCGGACCAAUUGAGCUCAAGAACUUCACCGGGAAAACUCCCGUUCUUGAUGUCGGCGCCAUAUCUUUGAUCCAAUCCGGACAAAUUAGAGUGACGCAAGCAGUGAAAGAAAUUACGAGGAACGGAGCAAAGUUUGUGGACGGGAAAGAAAUGGAAUUCGAAUCGAUAAUAUUAGCGACCGGGUAUAAGAGCAAUGUGCCCGAUUGGCUCAAGGACAACAGUUUUUUCACAGACGAAGGAAUGCCAAAAACACCGUUUCCUAACGGAUGGAAAGGGGAGAAUGGACUUUACACGGUGGGUUUCACGAGAAGAGGACUCUUGGGAACGGCCUUUGACGCCGUUAAGAUCGCAGAGGAUAUAACAGAUCAAUGGAUGAAAUUUAACGGUCCCUUGGGUCGCAUUAAUAUUUGUAGUUCCCAUAUUAUCCACCUUCAUUUCAAUAAAUCAUGA